UGCUCAGACUCGGCGGGCAGAGGCGCAGACCGGCGCUGCGGCCAUGCCCAGCGGGACCCACGCGGCUGUCCCGCGCCCCGCGCGGCCCCGGUAGGCGACGCCUUGGGCCCUGACCGGCCCGGCCAUGCCGCUGGAGGUGCAGGACGCGCUGUAUGUGGCGCUGGAGCUGGCCAUCGCCGCGCUGUCGGUGGCGGGCAACGUGCUGGUGUGCGCCGCGGUGGGCACGUCGAGCGCGCUGCAGACGCCCACCAACUACUUCCUGGUGUCGCUGGGGCUGUUCGCCAUCCCCUUUGCCAUCACCAUCAGCUUGGGCUUCUGCACCAACUUCCACAGCUGCCUCUUCCUCGCCUGCUUCGUGCUGGUGCUCACGCAGAGCUCCAUCUUCAGCCUCCUGGCCGUGGCCGUAGACAGGUACCUGGCCAUUCGCGUCCCGCUCAGGUAUAAAAGUUUGGUCACUGGGACCCGAGCAAGAGGGGUCAUUGCUAUCCUCUGGGUCCUUGCUUUUGGCAUCGGACUGACCCCAUUUCUGGGGUGGAACAGUAAAGACAGUGCCACCAACAACUGCACAGAGCCGUGGGAUGGAGCCGCGAAUGAAAGCUGCUGCCUUGUGAAGUGUCUCUUUGAGAACGUGGUCCCCAUGAGCUACAUGGUAUAUUUCAAUUUUUUUGGGUGUGUCCUGCCUCCACUACUCAUAAUGCUGGUGAUCUACGUCAAGAUCUUCAUGGUGGCCUGCAGGCAGCUGCAGCGCACAGAACCGAUGGACCACUCGAGGACCAUUCUCCAGCGGGAGAUCCACGCAGCCAAGUCUCUGGCCAUGAUUGUGGGGAUUUUUGCUCUGUGCUGGCUACCACUGCAUGCCAUCAACUGUAUCACACUUUUCCAGCCAGCUCAGGCUAAGGAUAAGCCCAAGUGGGCAAUGAAUAUGGCCAUUCUCCUGUCACAUGCCAAUUCCGUUGUCAAUCCCAUUGUCUAUGCCUAUCGGAACCGAGACUUCCGCUAUACUUUUCACAGAAUCAUCUCCAGGUAUAUUCUCUGCCAAACAGAUAUCAAGAGUGGAAAUGGACAGACCGGACCACAGCCUGCCCUGAGUGUGGGCCUAUGACCUAGGCCCUGGCCUCUUUGAGGAGAAGACACAAUGCAUAAUAAAACAAAAGGACACGAGUGGCCGAUUUCUGUUUGUGAAAGAUAGCUGCACCUCACAUGCAUGUGGGGUUCCUCCUUUGAGUACUUCCCUGGAGCUACCACAUAUCUAGCCAAUAUGUACAUGUUACUAGUAGGUUGACAAAUAUAUUUAUGGUUCCAGUUGGCUGCUCUUACUGUGUGGAUGAUGCUGACAGCUUAAAUGGAUUCUAAAAAUCCUUUUAUUUUUUUAAGAGUCUGACUCAUUCAUGAUAGAAAAUGACUGAAACUAUCUACUGUUAAACACUGUGAACUAUUUUAAUGCAAACAUUUUUUAACUUAAAGGCAACAGAAAAGUUGACUGCACUAAAAAUAUAUACUUGUUCUUGGGAAGGCAACUAGGAAAAUUCACAGUUCCUCAGUCAAGAAACUCGCAUAUUAAUUUAGAGAAAUGGUAUUCUCAUAAGUUCUUAAGUAGAAUAAUCAGAUAAUUUUAAGCGCCACUGUUUUCCCUAUACAGAAAACUACCCUAGAAGAAGAAACUGGAGAAGUGGGCUUCCUUCUCUACCAGCUUCUUCCUUCUAGAGUUAGCAGUGAAUUUUGUUUCUCUCCCAAGUUCAAGAUUGACCAAGUUGUUGGAAUCUAAGUAUGAACAUUUUACUAAGUCAAAUUAUAUAACUGUAUGUAUUAGGUGAAAUAAAACCUUUAAAAAAACAA